AUGGAUGUUUCUUCCACUUCCGAUGAUGAAAUAACCCUCUUGCGCACUUGGGCCCUGACUGUCACUCAUGUGGCAUGUGAUUAUACGGAACAGAAAUUCAAUGCAGAGAAGACAGGAGGAGACCCAGUUAUACCUUCUCCAAACCUAGACACUGAUCUGGUGAUGGCUUGUGAUCAAUUGGUUGAUCGGCUCAUAAAGGCAUAUAAAAAUCCCAUUCAGAUGCCGAUUGAUAUUGCAAGAUAUAGCAAAUUGAUCUCCCCAAAGGACACGGGGCGUAAUGAAGAGAGAGAGGAAAAGUUGCUUGAGAGGUGUCCUCCUGGCCAUGAGGGCACAAAGUUGAUCGACAUACCCGCGACAAUUCUUGAUGCAUCCGGUGCCAUCAUCGCAUGGUACCUCCCAGACGCCUUGACCGAUGCCACCCAGAAUGAAAUUUGGGCGGCCUCGGAUUUGCUAGCUCCCAUGCUCGAACAAAGCAUAAAGCUCGAUGGGAUUUGGCGGACUAAUCAACAGUGGUUCACACCAAGCUCGGAAAAUGAUGUCCUAACUCCCGGAUGCGUUAAUUUAUCUCCGGCAUGGUUUCAGCAGGGGCACGAGAAUCAGUCCGAUCCGGAGGUAUCUGCAUCAUUGAAGGGACCAUCCUCCGAGAACAUCCUCAAAGCCAUUGCGAGGCCAGCAGCCAUUGCCACAGCGGCACUCAGGGUGAUGCAUCCUGAGCAGUACUGGGCAGGGUUGCAAGCCUUUGCGAGCCUCGGAGAAAAGGCACGAAGCAAGGAACUGCCGAAGAUGUCAGAGACUCUCCAGUACUGGGCAACGGUGUUUAACAGCCUCACCGUCAUAUGCAAUCGGGAAACCCCGAAUCAUCGAGACCCCUCAUCGAUUUCCGAAUGCUUCGAUAUUCUCACUAGCGUGGGGAAUUAUUCUAAUGCUCGGAUGAGUAUGCCAAGCCUGCAGCUGGAGUUAAGUGGAAGGGGAUCGGAUUGCCUGGGCAUGGUAUAUGAGGGAUGCUGUUCAUGUUUAUGCUGGGAUUCCGUCGUGUGGAUGGGCAAGGUUGGAUUGGAAGAAGUAGAAAGAUGUCAGGCACUCCAUACUCAACAUUUGGGUUUCGGGUACUUGAUAGUCGGGACUCGAUAUUCGAGUAUAUUCCAUAGUGAUGUUGUACACAUUUCACCGACUACUGAGUACCGGGUUUCGGGUUUCGGUACACGGUACCCGGUACUUGAUAGUCGGGACUCGAUAUUCGAUUUCACCGACUACCGAGUACCGGGUUUGGGUUUCGGUACACGGUACCCGGUACUUGAUAGUCGGGACUCGAUAUUCGAUUUCACCGACUACCGAGUACCGGGUUUCGGGGUUCGGUACACGUGUCGAAUCUCGGGCUUCGGGCUUCGUGUUUCGGGUCUCGAUAAUAGGGACUCGAUACUCGAUGGUCGGCACUCACAUCUCGGGCUUCGGGAGUCGAUUGUCGGGACUCGGGUUUCAAGACUCGGUAGUCGGGACUCGAUAGUGCGGAUUCGGGUUUCAAGACUCGGUACCCGGUACUCGGGUUUCGGUACUCGGUGA